AUGCCAAAAGAGAAAAACUACAACCCGGUGCAAGCCCAGCGCAAGGCUGACAAGGCUCGCGAGGUCAAAAAAGGAAAGGCCGAAGCGCAAAGCCGGCGAAAUGAGAAGCUCGCGCGCAAGAACCCAGACCGAAUCCAGAAGCAAAUCGACGACCUCAAGGCCGUGACCGCGGGUGGAGGGAAGCUGACGCGUCACGAGGAACAGGUGCUUGAGGGCCUGGAGAAGGAGCUCGCGUCGGUGCGCAAGGCCAGGGACACGCUGGGCGACAAGGCGCCGAGCUUUGGGCGCGGCGGCUGGAGGAGGGACGGCGAUGGGUCGAGGUCUGGGCCGCUGGGCAAGCGGCGGCGCGGCGACGACGACGGGUCGAGCAGCGAUGAGGAUGUUGCGGAGGAUGUGAGGAGCAUUCCCAUGCCGAGAGACACGCCGCCGCCGAUACCAAAGGCCGAGAUGGACAAGUGGUACGCGAAGCGGAGGGCGAAGCGCAACGCCGAGAAUGCGGCCAGACGACGCGACGCGGGCGACAACGAGGCUCAAGACGGCGGCGAGGAAAACGACCGAGGCAAAGGCAAGGAGAGAGAACAGAGGAAUGCGGCGCCGGUGGUGGAGUCGAGGACCGUCUACGAGGCAAAGCCGGUGGUGCGAGAUCUGCGGAAAGAAGCCGUGGCCGCGUUUGUUCCCACGUCAGUGCAGAUGAAGAUGAGCAAGGGCAAGGGACAGGGCGGACUGAUGGAGCCAGAGGAGGCCGAUCGGCUGGAGAAGGAGGGAUACCUCAGGGUGGCUUCAGGCAGUGGGCAAGACGGGGCCGAAGCAGAGGAAGGGGAAGAAGAAGCCGAAGCCGAAGCCGUGCUUUCUCGGCAUGUCGUGAUGGAGGAGGUGGAAGACGAAGACGCAUAA